GUGAAAGUCAAUAAACAAAGAACAAGUUUUCGUCAACACAGCAAAAAUGGCUGCAAAAAUUAUUAAUCUUCGCGAGCAAAUCGGAAAGUAAAUACUGUCGUUGCCAGUACACGUUUUGGGUGUCAAGAUUGAGGUAAAACGAAGUCAGAAAAAAUCGCGAAUAAAAUGUGGGAAGAAUGUACUACGAAAUGUUGUUCAAGAAAGCAUGCAGAUGAUAUAUUUUCUGCCAUUCUUGCUGGCAGUCAAUAUGAAGAAAUAGCUGUAAAGCUGUUACCAACCUGCCCUAAUAUAGCAACCAACAAAGAUUCUUUUGGAAGAACUGGCCUGCAAAUUGCAGCUUCAUUUGGAAGAAUUAAAAUUCUGCUUUGGUUUUGUUCUCAUGAGGCUCACAUCAAUUGUAAAGAUGAAGAAUCUGGAUACUCAGCAUUACAUAGAUCCUUCUAUUUUGGUCAGCUACAGGCUAGCAGAGCAUUGUUACAGAAUAAUGCCAGCUUGUUCCAACCACUAGACAAUGACAACAUGUCCCCAUUUGACCACCUAAUCCAAGAUAGAUCAGAUUUUGAAGCACAUGAUCCAAAGCAUCCUUGUGAAGUAUAUGUAUGGGGAUCAAACUGUAAUUUUGGACUUGGUAAGCAACAAAGUCCAGAAGCCCCAGAACUGCUGGAUGCAUUUCCAAAAGGAAGUGGUGGUAUUAAGCAAGUCAUGAUGAACAAAUUUCAUUCAGUUUUUGUGACCUCAUCAGGACAAGCUUUCUCUUGUGGCAUUGGUCAAGGAGGCAAGUUAGGGCUUGGAUCAGAAGCCACUGUGAUAAUUCCACAAAAAAUUAGCUUAGAAGCUGAUAACUGUUUAAAUAGUAAAACUAAAAAGUCAACAGUUAUACUGGAAGCUGCAUUGGGGACACACCAUACAAUCCUUUUGACUGAGACUGGGAAUGUUUUGUCGUUUGGUGUUAAUACAUAUCACCAACUGGGCCACAAUCCACCCCCAUCUCAGUUGGUGGCUCCUAAAGUUCUUAGCCGUUUUGAGGAUAAAUUCAAUGGAGUCACGAUUAAGGGUAUCGGCACCAGUCGAUAUCAUUCGGUUUUUUGGUGUUCAAACAAUGUGUACACUUGUGGUCUUAAUGCCGGAGCACUCGGGCAUAACAAAGGCGAAAAAACAAUUACAACACCUAAACGAGUUCCUCUGUUAUCAGAACAGCUGCCCACUAUCACACAUGUGGCGGUGUCUGAUGGCGCAAGUGCAAUCGCCACAGGAAGCGGACACGUGUAUGUUUUACACGAAUAUCAAUGUCGUAAAAUCGCUUCAAAGCAGUAUGAUUUAGCGAAAAUAGUCAUGGCUGGGGGUAAAUUGGAUUUUUCAGAAGAAGAUUUGGUAGUUGAAAAUAUUGCGUUUCAGGUACUUCUUCUAACAAAGAGUGGGAAGGUUUUUGUCUGGUCUCAAACAAAUCCUGUGCUUACAAGGUGCACUUUCCGUGGAAGCCCUUUUUGUGUUAUGAAAGAUAUUGCGCUGUUCAAAAAUUCCUUGGCGUUUGUUAAUCGAGAAGGGGAAGCUUUUGUGGGUACUAUAGGAAACACGUCACCUGGCAAACGGAAAGUAGAAUCGCAGUCUACGAUUGAGCAAAUAAGCACGCGGAUAGAAUUUCCCAAGCGAGAACAAUUUGUUCAAAUUCAUAUCCAGAGGAUACCUGGAAUUUAUCGGGCUACCAGCAUCGCGUGUGAUCCAACUGGCAAAAAUUUCGCCGUGACUCAGAUUAAGCCUACCGCCCCCAUGCAAAAUAUUGCUCAAGUUCACGUACUCUCUUCUCAAUUAAAAGAAGACUUGAAGCAGCUUUUUCUUGACGCUGAUUCAUUUGAUCUCAUCCACGAUAUUGUUUUUAUUGUGGGGUCAAGGAAAUUUGCGGCGCAUCGUUUUAUUUUGGCAGUGAAUUGCAACGCUUUCUAUCAGAAAGUAUGUGCCUCGUCAAGGUCUUUGGAAAGUGAUAACAAAACUUUCCACAUAACCGAAGUUCCGGCGGAGGUUUUUGAAUUCAUUUUGGAAUUCAUUUAUACUGGGACUUGCGCCAUCUUCGAAAAGGAAGUUGCUGCAUGGAACUUAUCUUUUUUACAUUCGGAAGCAUGUAUGCAUCAGCACAUUUCUGCUGGAAAUGGCCCAAGCAUUGCCGAUCAAAUCAGUGACGGACAGAACUCAGAUGAUCGGGGAGGCCCUUGGCGUCUUCUCCGCAUGGUACAAUUCCAUGCGAAAAAUCUUGGCGUCCGUAAAUUGGCGGAAAUAUUGGAGAAGGCUCAUAUAGCAAACAGCGGGGUAGUUCGCAAUGACCAUUUUUUGCUUCAACCGAAACAGUGGAAUCGAUUAGCUGGAGAAACUUUCUACGAUGUUAAGCUACUCAGUGUCGACGGGAAACCAUUUAAUGCCCACCGAGUUGUUUUGACUGCUCGAUCAGAUUAUUUCCGGAGCAUGUUCAGUUAUGUCUGGGUUGAGAGCAUGAUUUCCAAAGAGAUUCGUCUUCCUAUUCAUUCGGUUGUUCUUGAAGUUAUUCUAGAGUAUCUCUACGAGGAUAAAGCCUCCAAGAUAGAAAAAUCAGAAGAUGUGGAUUGGAUAGGCAAUUGUUUAGUAUCAGCCGAUCUCCUGCUGGUUCCUCGUCUUGUUUCUAUAUGCGAGUCCGCGCUUGCCGGAUUACUUGCAAUCAAGAACGUUGCAAAAAUACUCGAGUUUGCCACAAUGUAUAAUGCUGUUCAGCUCAAAGUUUCAUGCAUGUAUUUCAUGUGCUACAACCUACCAGCUGUCGUGGAGUUGAGGAUAUGGAAUUGCCUUGAUGAAGAAGUGAUGAAAAGUCUGACAGAUUUCUACCAUCAGUUCAAUCCUAGAAUUCGUUCCCGUGUUCCAGCCGCGACAAUGCACAAAAAUCUCACUGAAGACAAUUUAAAUAUUCAUUCGAUCACGGAGUCCUUCACAGAUGUUACACUAUCUUCUUUUAAACGGGAACAAGAAGCCAAAAAGAAAAAAUUGCGUAAAAAAUCGGGAAAAAAGGGGGGUGAAGUGAAAGACCACAAUCAGCCACCUGUGGAAUCGAUAACGAGUAAUGUAAAACCGGUUAUUGACCAUCCUGCAUGCCUGAAAAAAGAAGGCUGGUUCAAGGUGGACAAACCAAAAAAACGGAACAAGUCUCUAAAUCACGAAACUCCGCCACUAGAACCGAUCCCGAGUUCAUCUCCUCCCAAAAGCCAAAUUCAAGAGAAGAGUAAUACGUUGCUUGGUGUACGAUCCAAGGAGUCUGCAGGCAAUAUCAAAGGAUCCCCAAAUUCGAUGGAAAGGACACGGGCCUUUUCUUCGAGUGAACCUGGGAUAACUCCUGAAAAGCAAAAUAACUUGACCCUAUUCGAAAUGGCGACGACCGUGUUUCAGACAGCGACCAAUUCACCGGAAAAUGAGAAAAACAAAAAAUUUCGGAAACUAUCACAGAAGCAAAGAAAACUACAAGAAACCCAUGUUGUUGCAGCUACUGCGAAUGAUUCUUCACCUUGGAAAUCCUUGGAUUCUUUUGUCGGUACUAACGGUAAAGAAAUUGGCUGUAGUUCAGCAGACAACGAAAAAGCCGCUGUACAUUCUGAAGAUCCUGUUAAGACUCCUAUCAAAAUCCAGAGUGUUUGGGGCAGUCCAGAGAAAACUAAUAAUAUUUCGAAAAGCCAAGUUCCAGAAGGCGAGGGAGGUUCCCUGCCGUUACAACAUAUAAUUGCUAAAGAGAAACUUCAAAGGAAAAAUCUGAUUAAAAUUAGUACAAAACCUUUAAGAUUAACUCUGAUUGAAGAGAAGGCCAUUGAAGAAUUGGCAAAAUUUUACGGCGCUGACCAAAUUGACGAUGAAUUCAUCGUGGUGGAGAGAAUCUUACCCUUAACUCCAGCUGUUCCUAUCUGGUCUAGUGGAAAAGACAAUAAGUCAACCAAACCGAAACCCAAAUUCCGAAGUUUUUCUCUGUCAGAAAGUGGAAUCUGAACAAGGUACUCGGUUAUAACAACAAUUUUCUUACUUGUAUGUAUAAAUGAACCGGUUUCAUUAUGUUUAAAUGACACAGUUUGGCUAUUAUUUGUUGAUUGUGAUAAGUUAACAUGGCUGUGAGGAUAAAAAAUCCCACCAUGAAUAUGAAUUUUAAUGAUUUGGUUUUGAAACUAGUGUAAAUUUUGACAGUUGUUGCAAACGCAAGGGUUUGCUUAUUGUUAAACAAUGCAAGCAGAAUGUGAUUUUUAUGACAUUUCUCGUUCAUGUUAUUCGCAAAUGUCACCCGAUAUUGCAAUUUGAAAUGGAGCCAACUAUUGCAACAACCAUUAUCAACGCCCUAGAUCUUUUUAGUGAAAAAUAAAAAUUCAUGGAUUAAA